AUGUGCACGGGUUGCAGCAGCACCAAGACACAGCGUAACGUGAUGACACUAGAUGCUGCACAAUUCGGGCUUAUUCAGGCAGAGGAAAUGUCUGUGACCCAGCUCGCUUACAUUGGAGAUCCACUUUACCAGUUUCACGGGUUUCGUAAAGGCCGCCUGCUACAGCAGGCCAUUUCACAGACCUUGGCAAGCUCGCCAUGUUCCAAAUUGCAACGACAGGCAACGUGCGGCCGACGCGUAAAUGGUGCCAGCAGAGGAGCUCAUCAGAGUGAGUUUGAUUUCAUGCACGGUGAGCGUAGGGUGGAGUGCAAGGGUGCGAGCUUGGCCUGGGUGAGUAGUCAACGAUCAUGGGCUGCCAGCUGGUACAAAAUCAAGUUUGACCAGGAUUUAUUCGAUGAUUUGUUUCUCGCUCUCCAUUCGCCUGGUCGAAUAGAUGUAAUCUUGCAUGAUGGCGUGACAGGUGUAACAACGAGUGGAGUGCGUACAAUGAGUCAUGGUCAUGAUGUGCGGGUGCGGGCCAGUCAUGGGGUCGAGGAUGCAAGUCAGGCUUGCCAAGAGAUUCUGGACAAAAUGCUACAGGCACCUGGCUCGUGUCAGCAUAUGGGAACUAUGAGAACGGACGGCGCCUUUAUGGUUAGUGCGUUGAAGAAGGAACAGGCCACAGAGAGUUUCUCUUUAUUAUCCCGCUUGUAUGGAGGCGUCCCGUUGUCUAAUCUCGGCCCAUGUUCGCGUGGCCAUCGCUUGGAAGAGAUAGCUUUUUCCAUAGAUCAAAAGUUGCAUCCGGACGGCACUUUCAGACUUGCUGUGGAGUCCUCUGUGGAGUCCUCUCAAGUUGUCGGCACUCUGCGACGACAACGCCGUGGACAAAACCGUGCUUGUGCUGAUUGGCUGCGAGACGACACUCGAGUCAAGUUCAAGUCCUCCGCACUGAGCUGGGACACAAAACACCAAUCGUGGAGGGUACACUUCGGUAAAAUCAAAUUUGGUCCACUCGGUGCAGCUGAAACCAGAAUGUUUGACCAACUCUGGCUUGGCUUGUACAGCCCAUCUGGGCUACAUGUGUUGCAGUAUUCAGGGACGGUUGGACUGUCAAGCACAGGCAAUGCAACGGAUAUUUUUGGCCAUGAAAUUAAGAUAUGUGGGCCCAAGCAUGAGAGGAGCCCGGCUGUCGCUCUUGAAGUCAUACUUGACAAAUUGAGGCUGUCUGGCUGCGAGCUGCUUGCCACAGCUGACGAGGAGGCUCGCGCCAAGAUGGCGGCCGGCAUGCAAAUGCAACAGGAUUCGGACCUGCAGAAGAUGCAGGAGCAACAAGCGCAGAAACAAGAGAUGGAG